CGGGACUUCGACUCAUUUUCUUAAAAGAAGCUGCCGCCAACAGCCCAACAAAGUAUUUCCUACAAACUCGCCGUCGGGGCCUCCAUUUCUCUUCCUUUGUCGCUCCUUUGCCCUGCCCGAUUGUAUAGCGACCUGCAAUACUCUCUGCGCUGCGUUGCUAAUUGCCAUGGCGACCUCAACACUCCUGGCUCGGUCGGGGUCAAGACUCCUUCUACACACUUCUCCCAGCUCCCGAAUUAACCGCAGUGCUCUGCAACGACUACAGAAUGCUGCAGGAUCCCAGCCGUUCCCUUGCCUGUCCGUUCUCGGUCGCUACUAUGCCUCGAAAUCUUUCCCUCCGCAUACGGUGAUCACCAUGCCUGCGCUUUCACCUACGAUGACGGCUGGCAAUAUUGGCACCUGGCAGAAGAAGGUGGGCGAUACUUUAGGCCCCGGUGAUGUCUUGGUCGAGAUCGAAACAGACAAAGCCCAGAUGGAUUUUGAGUUCCAGGAGGAAGGUGUACUGGCCAAGAUCUUGAAGGAGUCUGGAGAAAAGGAUGUAGCAGUUGGAAAUCCAAUUGCUGUGAUGGUCGAAGAAGGCGAAGACGUCUCCGCAUUCGAGUCCUUCACCCUCGAGGAUGCCGGUGGUGAAAAGGCGCCUCCCAAGGAGCAGCCUAAAGAGGAGGCCUCAGAAGCAACAGAGAGUCCAGACUCUGGUUCACCCACGGCACCACCCGGAGGUGCGAAAGAACCCAAAGAGUCUGCGCCAGAGCCUGUUGAGGCCGACACCAGUGGCGAGCGACUCCAAAGCGUACUUGAUCGAGAACCUCCCCUCAGCCCGGCCGCUAGAAAGCUUGCGCUUGAAAAGGGCGUCCCCGUGAAGGCCAUCAAAGGCACGGGCCCCGGCGGCCGUGUCACACUUGCUGAUAUUGAGAAAUACAAGCCCGCAGCAGGAGGUGCCGCACCUGCUGGUGCAGCCGCAGGCCCAGCCUAUGAGGAUAUCCCGGCGAGCUCGAUGCGCAAGACGAUUGCGACGCGACUCAGGGAUUCCAUGAACCAAAAUCCCCACUACUUCGUCUCAACCACUCUCUCAGUAACGAAACUGCUCAAGCUAAGGGAGGCCCUGAACGCGGCUUCCGACGGCAAGUACAAGCUCUCUGUCAAUGAUUUCCUGAUCAAGGCUUGCGCAGUCGCCUGCAAGAAAGUCCCCGCUGUCAACUCGAGCUGGAGAGAGAUUGAUGGGCAGACGAUCAUCCGCCAACACAACACCGUUGAUGUUAGUGUGGCCGUCGCUACUCCUGUUGGUCUGAUGACUCCCAUUGUCAAGAAUGCUGAUAGUGUUGGCCUCCAAUCUAUCUCGGCAUCAGUGAAAGACCUUGGAAAGAGAGCACGAGACGGCAAGCUCAAGCCUGAAGAAUACCAGGGCGGCACAUUCACAAUCAGCAACAUGGGCAUGAACCCCGCCAUUGAAAGAUUCACUGCCGUUAUCAACCCACCUCAAGCAGCAAUUCUCGCAGUUGGCACUACCCGCAAAGUCCCCAUUCCCGUCGAAACCGAAGAGGGCACGAUUACCGAGUGGGAUGACCAGAUCAUCGUCACUGGCAGCUUUGACCACAAGGUUGUGGAUGGAGCUGUCGGAGGCGAAUGGAUUAGAGAAUUGAAGAAAGUGGUAGAGAACCCUUUGGAGAUGAUGUUGUAGUGCUCUCUAUCUUGGGUUUUGGCUGGGAUUUAGCGAGGUGGUUGCGGAAUGGGCGUGUAUAAAACUCGUUUCCUUUUGCGGCAAAAGUUGCGACUGCAUUGCCUUGCCAUCCGACGAUAGUAAUUGAUUGUGUCUUGCACAUCGUAA